AUGGAAACUUGCCGCCAACUUGGUGACAAGUUGCUGCAGCAAAUCAACGGAAAGUUGCGACCGGUUUGGCUAUCAGGGUGGGUUCAUGUAAAUGAUGAACGCCUCUAUGCUGCUCUUGAGCGACUAGAUCUUUCGGACUUGGAUAGCUCUGACUCAGUUGAUUGUAUGAAUGCAGGUUUGCAUCGUCAUAUUGCUAAUAUCAUAGAUGCAGUUGCUCCUCUUAAAGAGAUUUGUAUUCGAGACCAGCCAGCACCAUGGAUUAACCAGGAUAUCAGGACUUUACAGCGACGACGAUCAAAACUGUACAGGAUAUUCAGAAGAUCUGGAUUUGCGUUCAAUGAGUAUGUUAAUAUGAGAAAAGUGAUUAAGUGUAGAAUUACAGAUGCAAAGAAGCAGUACUUUAAUCAACGGUUCCUUAACUGUAAAGACGCAAAAUCAUUGUGGAAUUGUUUUCGUAAAUUAGGACUAAUUAAGUGCUCUGAGUCGAAUAUAAGUACGGAUCUUGAUUUAUGUGGAUUAAAUAACUAUUUUGCGCCUGAUGAGCAGAUAAAUUACGAUUAUCUUGAUGAGUGUGUAUUAACUAGCAGGAGUGAUUUUGUCUUCAAUCAUCUCGACUGUGAAACAGUAAAGAAAGCAAUAACGAGAUUGACCUCUAACUCGAAGGGUCCUGAUGGAUUUGAGAUUGAGGCUUACAAGAUAUUAUUGCCUUAUUUCUUGCAUCAAAUCACGGAGUUAUUCAACCUUUCUCUAUCCACUGUAAUUUAUAAAAUAUAA